AUGAAGACUUUUCUGACAAUCUCCAGCGUUUUGGCUUUCGCCGGCCUUUCAAUUUGCCAGAAUACAUGCACUGCAGAUGAUGUUCUCAACUCACUAAAUGCAGUCGAGUAUUAUGCAGAUAAGAUGCAGUCCGUGACCGAUGCUUCAAGUGAUAACAUUGAUCCCUCUGCGCCCAUCUUCAAAAAUUUCGAAAGCCAAACCAAGCAUUUCAAUGAGGAUUUGCAGUGCACUUUCAAUACGACUCAAGCGGAGCAGACCGCUAUUUGCAGUGCCUAUGAAACAUUCGCUACCUCACAGCUGAGUUACCUGCAUGUGGCUGAUGGACGCGCUUCCUACGAGAAGAAUGGACACGGUGAUAAUGCUGUUAAGAUGCAUGGCUAUAUCUUACAGUCGCAGCACGCUUUGGAGAACUACACAACUCAAGUCAAAGCAGCAGCUGCAUCGUGCGUGGAUCGCAUUGAUACAGUUUAUACACCGCUGGGUACACAGCUUCAAAAAUUACAACAGGCUUACCCCGGGACGGCUUAG